AUGUGGCCAUUUGGCCUAUACUUAUGCUUCCUGACAUUCUUUCACUGGUCAGAGUUUUUCACUGUUUCCUUAACGAAACCCGAAGCCAUCUCAGUUGACCUCUAUAUGUUAAAUCAUAGUCCAGAGUAUCUGCUUGCCGCCGCCGCUAGUUUUACUGAGUAUUUUCUGGAGGUCUGGUUGUGGCCAACAAAGAGCACUUCAUUUGUCUUUAUUAAUCUGUUUGGUCUGUUCCUCUGUGUUUCCGGAGAAGUCUUGCGAAAGGUCGCCAUGUUUACUGCAGCACGAAACUUCUCUCACGUAGUUCAGCAUGUAAGAACGACCGAACACGAACUUGUGCGUCAUGGUGUCUAUGGCUGGUUUCGACAUCCAGCCUAUGUUGGUUGGUUCUACUGGAGCUUGGGAACUCAGUUGUUACUCUUAAACCCAGUCUGCUCAAUCGCUUAUCCUAUAGCGGCCUACGCAUUCUUCAGAGACAGGGUCGACAACGAAGAAGCUAGCCUUAUUCGAUUUUUUGGUGAUGCAUAUCGCCGUUACCAACACGAGGUUAGUACCGGCUUGCCUUUUAUUCGGGGACACCUAUCCGAUAGCCUGUAA